GUCAGUGAAGUCAACAGUUCUUAACAAAGUUGCUGCCUUCAAAGCAUUAGUCAUCCAGUGCAAGAACAUGCUGCCAAGGCUGCUCCUUCUCCUCAUCGCUGGGAUUAUUCUAGCAGGUUAUGGGACUUCACAGAGACUUCCAAGAGUCAAAAGACAAAAUCUGAAGGUCCACAUCAAUGCCACCGGCGACACCAUUGUCCUCAAGUUUAUUCGCCCACGCCCUGACAUGAAACUUGAAGGCUUCAUCCUUGGAUAUGGAAGCAGCAUGUUUUCCAAGCAGUACAUUCAACUGCCAGAGAAUGGAAAACCUUAUGAAACUGAAGUUGAUGCCGAACCCAAGUACUUAAUAGCUGUGCAGCCAAUUCCAGCCAAUGAUGUGAAAAAGCAGUGCACAGGUCAAGUCAACCUCCAAAAGCCACUCCACUUAAUCAUUGGAAGUGUCACCCCGAGCUCAGUCUUGCUGUCAUGGGGCACACUCCUGAAAACCCCCUUCGAGGGAAACAUAAUGAACGACUGUCUGGAAGACGGACACUACACAGUGCGCUACAGAGAAAAGGAAAGAAACAAGAAAUGGAACUAUGAGAACUGCCCAGUCAGUGACACUGUCAUUGAUAGGCUGAAGCCCAAUACAGAGUAUGAAUUUGGAGUGAGAGCUUCCAAGGGCAAGGAAGAUGGACUGUGGAGCAAACCUAUUGUUCACCAGACAAAUGCAGGAUCUCCAGACAAAAUAAAAGGACAGAUCGAAAACCCUGAAAACAAGAUCAUUAUGGAUCAACUCAGGAAACCUGAGGUGCCAGACAUUACAGGGCUGAACAACAGAAAGACAAUUCCCCGAACUCGGAAUUCCCCUCGGCUUGUUUAUAACAGGACAAUCGAUAGAGAGCCUCUUCAGCCUAAAUCACCUGGACCUGCACCAAAGAUAUCUUUUGCGCCAAGUGAAAAGCACCAGGACACGUCCCAACCUCAAACGUCCAGUGUACCCGAGUGGCCACAGGUUACACUUGGCAAAGCGAAUCAUUUUCAAUACACCACACCCUCGUCAGCAGAUGUGACUUACUCCUUCCCCCAUCAACAGCCAGCUGAAACUAUGACUCACUCAGUCAACCCAAUUGCUUUCCCUUCUGUUCACGGUGAAAGAAAUCAGGAACCCAAACCAACUAAUGCACCUCAAAGACCAAAGAAUUAUUUGGCUAAUGGUGAUGCACACCAAGGACACGUUCUAUCCAGACCAUCUAAUGCAACCCAGAGACCAAAGACUUACUGGGCUAAUGGGGAUGGACGUAUUCUACCCAAUGGUGAGAGACGUGUUCUACCCAAUGGUGAAGAACGUAUUCUACCCAAUGGUGCAAGACGUAUUCUACCCAAUGGUGAGAGACGUGUUCUACCCAAUGGUGAAGGACGUGUUAUACCCAACGGUGAGAGACGUGUUCUACCCAAUGGUGAGAGACGUGUUCUACCCAAUGCUGAAGGACGUAUUCUACCCAAUGGUGAAGGACGUGUUAUACCCAAUGGUGAAGGUCAUAUUCUACCCAAUGGUGAAGGACGUGUUCUACCCAAUGGGGAAGGGCGUAUUCUACCCAAUGGUGAAGGACGUAUUCUGCCUAAACCCUUUAACGCAACCCAGAGACACACACAUUACCGGGCUAAUGGUGACGGACGUAUUCCACUCUUUAAUCCCAACCAAAGACCAAAGAUUUACUGGGCAAAUGGAGAAGGCCGUAUUCUACCCAAAUCCUCUAAUGCGACCCAAAGAGCAAAGAUUCACUGGGGUAAAGCAUAUCCCUUUAAAAAUAUGACAUCCUCAUCAGCUGCAGGGGUACCACACACUUCUCCCAGAGCACUGCCAACCAGAAACAUGCCUUCUUCAGUCAAACCGGCUGCUUUGCCUUCAGCUAAUGGUGAAACACAUCAGGGGCAAGCUCAACCCAGGCCAACUAACACUUCUCAAAGAACAAAAAGUCUCUGGGCACAUGGUGAGCACCACAAGGGAAUCUCACAGUCAAAAUCACAUCAUUUUCCUCAGUGGCCAAGGAUUCAAUUGGCCAAUGGAACACAAUGGGAAGAUAAUGAACGUCAAGUCCAUGAUUAUUCUGAGUGGCCCGAGACAAAGCUGGCGUCUCCUCUGCAACGCUCCCCCCCUGACCCCAGCAGAAGGAAGCAGAACACAGUGGUUGGCAAGCCCGGAAACAUCGUCAAGAUAACAGAAGAACGUCAAUUACCAGACAAGUCAUCUGUUCUCAGGACGGUUUUGUCUUCAGUAACUGAAAAACCAGCAAAACAAGAAAGGAAACUGAUGACAGCAGUGGAUACAAGAAUAAAUGCAACAAGGAUGGAGCCUGCAGAUAAUUCUUCAGUCUUCAACCCAGCUCCUCUGCUGGAAGUCGACUCCAUGGGAAAGGAACGUUUCAUUGCUCCUCAUGUGAAGUACAUGAUGAAGGAGCCAGACGACCCUUGUUCAAUCACAGAGUCUCUCAGACACUUCCCGGAAGAGGAACCCUCGAAUCAGGACAUCACGGGCCCGCCUAAGCACCCUCCCUCCAACUUGACCGUGGUGACUGUGGAGGGCUGCUCUUCCUUUGUAAUUCUGGACUGGCAGAAAGUGGAUAAUGAUUCUGCAACAGAAUAUGAAGUAAUCUCCAAGUCAACAGGACCUUCAGGAAAUGAGGAAUCAAUAACGGUUACAAACCAGACCCACACUGCAGUGGAAAACCUGAAAGCAGACUCCAGUUAUGAGUUUACAGUACUACCCAAAAAUGUACUUGGAGUGGGUCCAUCCAGUGAACCAGUACCGUUUAACACAGAAUCAGCGGACCCCCGGGUUAGUGAAUACAUUUCAGGGAAAGAUGCCAUUUGGACAGAGUACCCGUUCCGGUCGGACUCUUACUCUGAAUGCAAUGGGAAGCAGUUUGUUAAGAGAACGUGGUAUCGCAAAUUUGUUGGUGUGCAGCUCUGUAACUCAUUAAGAUAUAAGAUUUAUCUGAGUGACACUCUUACAGGAACCUUCUACAAUAUAGGGGACCAGACAGGUCAUGGAGAAGACCACUGUCAGUUUGUUGAUUCAUUUUUAGAUGGACGAACUGGACAGCAGUUCCCGAAUGACCAGCUGCCACAAAGAGAAGGUUACUAUAGAGCUAUUAGGCAAGAACCAGUCAAUUUUGGUGAAAUAGGCGGCAAAGCACAGAUUAACUACGUCCAGUGGUACGAAUGUGGAACGACAAUACCAGGAAAGUGGUAGAACCAAUGGAGGGGCAACUGAAAAGACUGAGGAUGUGGGGCAGAGGAAAGGGGAGGCAUGAGGAAAGACGUCUCAUGUAUUUUUACAGCAUUCCUGACAUGUAGACCUUAUAUUAUGUAUAAAAUGUGUACAGGACCUCUCCAUGAAGAAUUUUAUUGAGUGUAAUUGUAAUAUGUAAUAGUUUAAGUUUGCUAACUGUAUUUAUCAAAUGUGUCAGAGAAACUCAAACAAACAAAAAAAAAGGAUGAAUUCACAGAAAUAGAAACAAAUAUUGGGAAGCUGGCUACCUAAACCUAUUUUGAUUACAAUUUGUAUAUUAUUAUUUAUCAGAUAAUGUUGUAUUAAAUGUUACUUCUGGUGGUUUAUCAGAUUUUAAGGGAAUGGUUUAAGUUACAACGCUUUAGAGCAGGGGUCUCCAACCCUGAUCCUGGAGGGCUGGUGUCCUUCCUGGUUUUUGUUCCAACUGUACCCUAAAUUAC